CAGGGUAGGCUACCGCAGUGUGUUGUAACUGUGGUGUGUUCUCUCUGUCAUUGACUAGUGGGUGGGAACUCUGAACUGUGUUGUUCAUGGGUGUGUCUCAUUGGUCUACAGUGGAUUUAUUUUCAUGGGUGUGUCUCAUUGGUCUACAGUGGAUUUAUUUUCAUGGGUGUGUCUCAUUGGACUACAGUGGAUUUAUUUUCAUGGGUGUGUCUCAUUGGUCUACAGUGGAUUUAUUUUCAUGUAUGCGUCUCAUUGGUCUACAGUGGAUUUAUUUUCAUGGGUGCUUCUCAUUGGUCUACAGUGGAUUUAUUUUCCUUAUUUUGUUUCCUUCAUGAAUUGAUGUGAAAGACAGAGAAGGGAAAGAAAAUGGCUGGCCAGUGUCCACCAUGUUGCGUCACCUUUCCUAUGGUUUUAGAUGAAUACAGACGCUAGGUUUCUGUCCUAAAGGUGAUAGUUCAACCAAAUUACAAAUGGAAAGGGGAUAGUUCAAGUAAAUAACAGAACGACACAGAGGUUGAUUGAAGACCUAUCAUAUGAAGAUGUGAAGAAAUGCUACAGGGGUUCGUCUGUGUCUUGCAGUGGGGUCCGCCACGCCGUCGAUGUGUGUGUGUGUGUGUGCGGCUGUGUGUGCGGCUCCAGCAUGCUGAGUCUGGUGCAGCAGAGCUCUCGUCCUCUGAGAGAGAGGGCGGCCGCCAGUUUGCCGGUGGGAGGGAGGCCAGCCAAGGAACUGCUCAUGACUCUGCCCUGUCCCUCUGCUCAGACUGUCAGCAAGUACAACUCGCAGUACCACAAACUCUUCCAGUGCGUUCCGAAGGACGAGAUCCUAAUGAAAGUAUACUCCUGCGCUCUGCUCCGAGACAUCCUGCUGCAAGGCCGUCUUUAUAUCUCCAGAAACUGGCUGUGUUUCUAUGCCAACCUCUUUGGCAAGGACAUCAAGGUUGCUAUCCCCGUGGUCUCUGUGAGGCUGGUAAAGAAGCACAAAACGGCAGGUCUGGUGCCCAACGGCCUAGCCAUCACCACAGAUAGCAGUCAGAAGUAUGUCUUUGUGUCUCUAUUGUCCAGGGACAGUGUGUAUGAUGUGCUCCGGAGGAUCUGCACACACCUUCAGGUCAAUGGGAAGAGUCUGAGCUUGAAACACUACAUGGAGGUUCCCCAUACCUUAUCUUUGGAUGAGUUCCCGGUGGUGGAUGAGUUCCCGGGGGUGGAUGAGUAUCCUCCGGUGCUGAAGUGGAGGAGAAAACCCUCGGUGGUGUCCGUGUCCUCGUCCCUCCCUGACCUCCUGGGUAGCUCCACCGGUAGCCUGACUGCGGUGGACUCCUCCUUCCAGACAGACCAGCCUCUGGAAGACCGGGGCUUAGAGACAGAGAAGAUCCUACUAACAGAGCCUGUUCCAGAGCUGGGCCCCAUGGAAUAUCAGCUUCUCAAGUUCUUCAUCAUACUAAUCAUCCUCCUCAUCCUGUCUUCCUGUUACCUGGCCUUCCGUGUCUGCAGCCUGGAGCAGCAGCUGUCCUUCCUCAACAACCCAACACGGCCCCCCCGAGAGAGGUAAGUGCUGCUCGGCACUGUGAUCCAAUACCACUUGACUGUCUCCCUUUACGGACACAUUCCUCUCUGUGACCACCUCCAGACUAUGCAAACAGACUAUUUAUUUUUCAGGAUUUUACUUCACUGUAGACUAGAAGAGGGCAAACCCCCAACUCCACCAUUGUGGUGUAGGUAAAAGACAAUGGCAGGUGAAAGACAAUGGGCAGGCCGAUUGAAGAGCCAGCAAACUACACUCAAACCAAUUGUGGAUGGACUGAAAAGCCCGGGAUUGGUGGAAAUGGCUGGGAGUCAGGACUGGGAAGGAUUCUGAUUGGUGGAGAGAUUGGUCUGAUGGUUUUUAUUGAAGAUUUCUGGCCAUGUUCGCCAACAUUAGUCAACUGUGUUUUUUCCCUCCCGUCAACUCAACCAGGAAUGAACCACAGGACUUCAGAGAAAAGUCAAAACCAUUCAUCUUUCAGAAAAAUAUAUAAAUGGUACUUUCAAGGAAAUGAUUUGGAUGCAUUAACACACUGACAGUGGAAGAAGCCAAUAUCGUUGGCUUUACAGAAUUUAAAAAAAAAAAUGCCCAUAUGAGGAUCAGUCCACUAUUUCAAAUGUUCAUCAUCAUCAAUGAGGUCUAACUACGUUGACAUUCUAACAGGCAUGUUAUUCCUGAUAAACGGUGCAAUACAAUUAUGCAAAGUAUCCAGCCUAGACUGACUUUUUAAAUGUUGAAAUAUUGUUCUUUAACUCUGUUUGUGUUAUCAUGACACCACAGGUAUACGUUUACCAAAGUGGGUAGGAUGGUACUCUUUCAUGUCUGAAAAAUAUUGUUCUUUAACUCUGUGUUAUCAUGACACCACAGGUAUAUGUUUACCAAAGUGGGUAGGAUGGUACUCUUUCAUGUCUGAAAAAUAUUGUUUAGUAUAACAGCUUGUCUUUUGUUUUCAUUUGUAUAAAUGUCAGUCGUGAGCUUUGUAUUGUAAGCUACCUUUAGCCAGACACAAUGUGUCACAGUGAGUGAUCAGUCUUGUAUCUAAAUACUGAACACAGUCGUCUGAAUGAGUAAACAAUGAAGACAUUGACUGAAGUGAAAAAUAAGAAGAUGAUGUUUUCUCUGUAAACUUAAAAGUUUAAUCUGCAUUUCAGCCGGGAAGAAAACUAGCAACAGAUUUCUAGUCCUUUUACUCAGUGUCUGAACAGAUGCAUUAGGAACAAACACUUCCCACUUUGAGUAUUACAGUAAUAUUGUUGAGGAAACAGAGCUGCAGUGUGUACAGUAUACUUUACUACCAUAACCAUUAGUAUGACUUAUCUGGUCUGUUUUGGGUCUAGACAUAUCUGCAACUAUGUAAUAGUGGUCACUGAUCUUCAGUCAAUGGUGAAAGAACAAACUGUCCCUGUAGACUCUGAGAACAGAUGAACCCUGUAGCACUCCUGAACAACCCUUUACAAGACUACACUGUACAACCCAACUGUGACGGUUUCUAAUAAACAGCCAUUUGAUCUUGA